AUGGAAUCUACUGAUCCAAUUGGCGAAGCAUCUUUCACAAUUUUCCUUGAUAGUAUAUAUGUGACACCAGCAAUUGAUUUACAAUAUAAAUGUCUUCAGCAUGAGCUACAUGAAAAGGGAGUUUCUGAAGAAAUUAUCAAUGCUACACUAGAUGAUUACAUCACUUGGGAAUCAAACAAGAAGCAAAAUGCAGAUCAUAAACUUCAUGCAAGAACCAGAAUUUCUCCUCCCAAACAUUUUAGUUUGGAAUCUAUAAAUGCAAGAAUCCAAAGCUAUGAUACUGCUAAAUCACCUGACAUUCAAGCUCUUGCAGAUUGA